AUGUUGAUCAAUCAUCUAAAAAAUGCUGUAUUUCAAACGGGUAGAAGUGAUGGUACUAAUGAAAAUUCGGUACCUAGAACUGUUUCCAGCAUCAAGCAAGGCUACAUAUUUGCUCACGAAAGAAGUAAAAUUCCAAAAACAAUCAGUAGGGAUGUUUUGUCAAACCGGUGGACUAUGUAUUAUUGUGUCUAUCAAAAAGAAACGCGAAUAUUUACCAUGAUCCCAGUAAAUAGUACUGCUAAAACGGAUAUGAAAGGAGCUCUUGGACAGUCUGUGUCAUUCAAAUUAAAAGCAUGCACGCGAAGAGCUUCAGAUAGUAUUGAUAAGAGGAUGAUUUCAUCACCUUUGUAUAUGAUUUUAAGAUUUUGUUUCGAUGUUUUGGCUAUGGAUCGCUCGGAGAUAAUGACUUUGCAAGCUUUAUCUGAAGAAGAUCGAAGACAGUGGCUUGAUGCUAUGGAUGGAAGAGAACCUGUAAAUUUUUAUGUCAAGCAUGAUAACUAA